AUGACUGAAUUGACUGAUAUGGACGUGGACAACUACUUUUCCAGCUAUGGUGAUCUGGAGGUUCACAAAUUAAUGAUACAGGACACGGCUAGGACAGAGGCGUACAAAAAUGCUAUCCUAUCAAGCCGCUCAGUGUUCGAGGGUAAAAUCGUGUUGGAUGUGGGAGCAGGCACCGGAAUUCUGUCCAUAUUCUGCGCUCAGGCUGGAGCUACUAAAGUCUUCGCAGUCGAAGCCAGCAAGACGGCUGAAGGAUGGCCCGACAGCUAG